AUGCGGGCGCUGCUGCUGGCGGUGACUCUGCAUGGGGCCCUGGCAGCUCAAGUGCUCCCCGGGAACAAAUACUUUGCCCUCCAAGACAAGAGACUGGACGCCGCAUCCGUCACCUCGUAUCGCCUCACACCCAACCUCUGUACGUGCGCUACAGUAUGCCGCGUGUCCGCGACGUGCUACGGUGUGGCGUUCGGUGCCAUGUACGUCCCUAACCAGACCAUCGCCCUCGGCACCCCAAACGUCUGCCACGUCACCACAAAACCUCAGCUACCCAUCUACCUUCUGGGCAAAGCGGGCUACAGCUCGUUCAUACGUGACACUGGUUGCGACGAGCUCAAGGGCUACCAGAACCUAGGCGCGGCCGGCUGCAUCUGGCUGUCCACCUACACUAGGGGCUGGAAUGGAGCGCAAAACGAGUGCCAAGCGAAGGGUGGCCGCUUGGCCGUUCUUGAUACGCCUGCCAAGUACAAAGCCGUUGUCGAGACACUCAACUCAACCCAACCGCGUCCUAACCAUCAGUGGGUGAAUGCCCAAUAUUCACCGUCUGGUUGGAAAUGGGAGGGUGGAGCAAGUGUUGCGGGUGUCUGGGCGUCCGGGAAACCAGACGGUGUUUCGUACGCCGACUGUGGCGUGAUGAGCAACAACAUGAACUUUUUGCUCGAUAACACCUACUGCAGCUCCUGGUUUAACUUCGUGUGUCAGAUGCCUCCCCAGUUUUGAAUUGCAGUACAUUAUCUUGGGGCUGUACGGCUAAAGAGCUGCAGUGUCGGCAUGUAAAUGAAAUUGAGGAUUUCGCUGAAUGUGUGUAACUCACAAUAUUUGAAUUGCAACACACGCAAAAAAAUAAAUUGAAGUUUGAUUGAUUGUUGAUUUUUGCUGUGUUUUCAAUUAAAUUUUAAAGUCACUUUGACGCUUGCAAUGAAGUUUGCAAGCACCACAGUAUGAAAAUUUACCGGAUCAUCAUUCAUCGAGGUAUCACUUGCAUCCAGCAUCAUUUGUCUCUUCAUUGAUCAGAAACGACCAAGAAUCGUACUUAUAUCUGCGUUCCACGAGCGAUGGUUCAAAUUUGCCAUUGCCCGAUCAUUUUGAUCAUUAAUUAAUUUUACGAAAUGAAAAUUGGGUACAGAUAAUUGAAAAAUACAUGAAAUGCCGAUGAAAUAAAUAAGCACAAUUUGGUGUUUAUCGUCACUUUUCUUCCUAAGCACUGAUUUGAACAUACAAUUAUGUCAAUAAAUAAUCAUAAAAAAUUAGUCAUUACAUUUUUCUAUGUUAUGAUUAGGUAAAUGC